UCAACCCGUCCCUCUACCCGGGACGGGGCCGGGGACGGAAGGAAGUUGCACGCAGGGCCGGAUCCAGAUCGAGAUCGGUUCUGCCAAGAAUCCGACGGGAAGAAAGGCUUCCGUCUGCUCAAGGGUAUCACCUCUGUCCACCUAGUGUUCCACGUGUCAAGCAUUUAACGGCCCCCUAUCUGUCCCUAUCUCCCCUCUUGACCUGCAAGCGCUUCUUCCACCCCAUCUCUCUUCAAUCCCCUCCGACAGUUUCCUCUCCCACUUCUCCAACAUGCGCCAGCUCUUCUCCUCUUUUCAAGAAAAAUUCCAAGGGAAGCAAUGGAAGGAGAAGCGUAUAAGAACGAUAACGGAUAGGGCCUUCGACCGCAUCAGAGCCGACGCGGACCGAGACUACCUCACCUUCGAGGAUCUAUACAUCGCUGUCCUCUAUGUCUACAAUGACAUCAACAAGUUCUUGCCUGGGCGUCACAACGAUCCCCCCUCCAAACAAAAACUGAAAGCUAUGAUGGAGGAGUAUGAUUUUAACCUUGAUGGGCUGCUGGACCGUGAAGAGUUUGCAAAAUUUAUUCAGAAAUUGACAGCGGACAUUGUAAAAUCUGUCGGUCAAAAUCUACUAAUUGCAUUGGUUGUGGCUCCAACUGUGGCACUGCUCACAAAGAGGGCAACAGAAGGGGUGCCUGGUGUUGGCAAAGUGGUGCAGAGGAUUCCUAAUUCUGUCUAUGCUUCCAUUGUUGCUCUGGGGGUUGUGUUGGUUCAAAAAUCAACGGAAGGUCAUGAAUAAACAAGCUGACAAUCAUGUAUAUUUGUAUGCUGAAACAAAAUACUCUUCAUAUCUGUGUUCUGUUAAGUAGCAUAUCAGAAAACCUUGUAGUGGUUAUUUCUUCAGUGUAUGAGCAAAACAAAGCUACUAUUUUAUUAUGAGUGAUUUCUGUUGGCAGUUUUUGCUGGUUUCUGAUUC